AUGGCCCUAGAAACCGAAGCCACGAUCUCUUCAGGGCCAACCAAUGAUCUCGAAAAAGUGACUCCGCCUGCCUCGCAUAUUCAUUUCCCUAAUUUACUCUGGCUGAGAGUGCGCAACUGGUCCCGCACGAUCGGAGCUGAGGAAUUUGGCGUUGAACGCGUUCCUGAGGAUAUGCGAACAAGCCAAUCACCUCGAGAUUUGUUCACAAUGUUCUUUGCUGCGAACUGUAACAUGUCCACAUUGGCACUUGGAUUCUUGGGUCCUACGACGUUCGGGCUUGGCUGGUGGGACUCCUUUCUUGCUAUUAUCUUCUUCAACCUGAUUGGCGCUGCCAUUCCAGCACUUACAGUGCGCUUUGGCCCAAAUCUUGGGCUACGUACCAUGCUCGUCCCCAGGUAUUGUUUUGGCUGGUGGCCGUCUAAGAUCCUUGCUGUGUUCAAUCUGAUUGAUGCCCUUGGCUGGGCUGCCGUGAAUACGCUCUCUGGCGCUGCUGUGCUGUAUGAUGCUGGGAAUGGAAAGCUACCAAUGACAGUGUCAAUUCUCAUUAUUGGCUUGAUAGCCAUCAUCCUUGGCUUCUUUGGGUAUCGAGUCCUCCAUAUUUAUUCAAGAUACUGCUGGAUCGUGACAAUCAUUUGUUUAAUUAUCACUGCAGGAUUUGGAGCUCGUCAUUUCAUCAAUGUGCCUAUGGGCCACGGAUCUACAGAAUCCUCAAAUAUCCUCUCCUUCAGUACUGCCAUUAUUGGAUUCGAAGUCGCCUGGGCGACAAUAUCAGCAGACUACAGUGUCUAUAUGCGCGAAACAGUUAGCGACAAUGUAACGUUUUCAUGGACCUAUGCUGGUCUUUUGACAAGUCAGGUUUCGAUUGAAUUACUAGGUGCCGCGAUUGGGUCACUCUGCGUGAACCCCAACCCACGGUUCAAAUCCUCAUAUGAUACUCGUGGGAUUGGCGGGUUGGUUGGCUCUGUUUUUGAAGAUAUACACCCCGGUGUCCGUGGUUUGGGAUAUCUGAUCGAAGUCCUCCUGGGCUUAUCGGCAGCUGCUGUCACAACAGCGAAUGUGUACUCCCUGGGCCUGGCCGGGCAAAUGGUCUCAAAAAGGCUCCUUGUUGUGCCUCGUCUUGUUUGGUCAUUGAUCGGCAGUAUUUCCUACCUGGCGAUUGCUAUAGCUGCUAGGAAUUAUUUGGAGGAUGUCUUGAAGAAUUUUUUGUUGAUAUGUGCGUAUUGGACUGUCCCCUUUUGUGCUAUUCUUCUUGCCGAGCAUUACGUCUGGAGGAGUGGCUACCAAUACGACCUCGCUGUAUGGAAUGACAAGAAGAUGCUUCCGUAUGGAAUAGCUGCAUCAGUUACUUGGGUUGCUUCAACUGUUCUUGCAGUUGUUUCUAUGAGCCAACAAUGGUGGGUUGGACCUAUUGCCGCUGCGAUAGGUGGUUCGGCGAAUGGUACUGAUAUUAGCUGGAUUUUGGCUGCGGUGAUGUCUGUGGUACUUUAUAUUCCUUUAAGAGCAUGGGAGCGAAAAGUGUGGCAUUUUUAA